CAGCCCAGCUCGGCAGCUCUGCGGGGGCAACUCUCUUGCUUGCCGAGAACUCACUGGCACCAGCUGCCUGACAAUGGCCACCACAUUGCUGCACACUUCGUCCACUGCCUUUGGGGGCAGCUCUACCCGAGGGGGCUCCUUCCGGGCUGGAGGAGGAGGCUUUGGUGUGGGGAGUCUCUCUGGAGGAGGCGGAAGCCGUAGUAUCUCGGCUUCUUCUGCUAGGUUUGUCUCUUCAGGAUCAGGAGGAGGUUAUGGAGGUGGCAUGAGCUGUGGCUUUGGUGGAGGGGUUGGUAGUGGCUUUGGAGGUGGCUUUGGAGGUGGGGUUGGUAGUGGCUUUGGAGGUGGCUUUGGAGGUGGCUUUGGUGGAGCUUUCGGUGGUGGCUUUGGUGGAGGUUUUGGCGACUUUGGUGGUGGCGAUGGUGGUCUCCUCUCUGGCAAUGAGAAGAUCACCAUGCAGAACCUCAACGACCGCCUGGCCUCCUACCUGGACAAGGUGCGCGCCCUGGAGGAGGCCAACGCUGACCUGGAGGUGAAGAUUCGCGAGUGGUACCAGAAGCAGAGUCCCACCAGCCCGGAGCGAGACUACAGCCCUUACUUCAAGAUCAUCAGUGAGCUCCGGGACAAGAUCCUGGCUGCCGCCAUCGACAACUCUCGGGUCAUCCUGGAGAUUGACAACGCCAGGCUGGCUGCAGAUGACUUCAGGCUCAAGUAUGAGAACGAGCUGGCCAUGCGCCAGAGUGUGGAGGCCGACAUCAACGGCCUGCGCAGGGUGCUGGACGAACUGACCUUGGCCAAGACCGACCUGGAGAUGCAGAUCGAGAGCCUGAAUGAAGACCUGGCCUACCUGAAGAAGAACCAUGAGGAGGAGAUGAAGGAGUUUAGCAACCAGCUGGCCGGCCAGGUCAACGUGGAGAUGGAUGCAGCACCUGGGGUGGAUCUGACUCGUGUGCUGGCGGAGAUGAGGGAGCAGUAUGAGGCCAUUGCUGAGAAGAACCGCCGGGAGGCUGAGGCCUGGUUCUUCAGCAAGACUGAGGAGCUCAACAAGGAGGUGGCCUCCAACACAGAAAUGAUCCAGACCAGCAAGACAGAGAUCACAGAACUGAGACGCACAAUGCAGGAGCUGGAGAUAGAGCUGCAGUCUCAGCUCAGCAUGAAAGCUGGGCUGGAGAACUCGCUGGCAGAGACAGAGUGCCGCUACGCCACGCAGCUACAGCAGAUCCAGGGGCUCAUCAGCAGCAUCGAGGCGCAGCUGAGCGAGCUCCGAUGUGAGAUGGAGGCUCAGAACCAGGAGUAUAAGAUGCUGCUGGACAUCAAGACGCGGCUGGAGCAGGAGAUCGCCACCUACCGCAGCCUGCUGGAGGGCCAGGACGCCAAGAUGGCUGCCAUUGGCUUCAGGGAAGCCUCUCUGGGAGGUGGUGGCAGUGGCGGCAGCAGCAGCAGCAGCAGCACUUUACGCAUUAAUGUUGAGGAGUCUGUGGAUGGGAAAGUGGUUUCUUCCCGUAAGAGAGAAAUCUAAGUGCCCAGCACCGGAGAAACGUCCCUCACCACCUCCACCAUAUCAAGGCUGAGCAGAGGACUGGCUGGGGUGUGUGGGGGCGGGGCAGAAACACAAAGUCCAGUCCCUGCCUUUCGAGCCCCAGCUGGAGAGGGCCCAUCUCUGCAAUGCUUUCUUCCCCUCAGCUCUACCACUCCUCCCCUGCUGUCUCAUGUCACAUGCUUGUUUGUACCAUGUUUGUU